AUGGCAGAUUCCGAUGAAGAAUCCGAACGCCGUCGUAGCCGUGACAAAUUUCGUCGUGAACGUAGUGAUCACGAUGGACGUCGUCGUCCUGGUGAUAAACGAGAGCCAUUUGACGACCGAUCAGGUACUGUAGGCGUUGCACCAGCUCGAGAAGAUCAUCGUUUGUCAAGCGAAGGUCGGAAUGACCGUGGACGAUCACCUGCCGAACCUCCUUACAAAAGACCUCGUAAAGAUAACAGCGAUGAUUAUAAACCAAGUUCAUACCAGCGAAAGGACACCAAAAGUUCAAGUGUCUCAGAAUACGAUGGCAUGUACAGGCCUCCAGUCAUACCGUUUAAGCGAUUUCUUGAUCCCUUGGACGACUUGAUAACUGAAGAAGAGGCGUGUAGUAAAUACAAGGAAUACAAAGAAGGAUAUAUGAAGCGUCAUACCGAAGAGUUCUUUGAUGCACACAAAAAUGAGGAAUGGCUUCGUCUUCGUUAUCAUCCUGAUUACAUGAAUGAAAGAAAAGCCGCUCUUAGCGCAGCAGCCAAGCAUCGUUUAGAUGUUUUCAUGGAGCUUUUACAAAAAGGCUUUCUCGAAAAUCAGUCUGUUCAGAUGGACAAUAGUGAGAAUCUCAUAAAACUCAUGGAUGCUGUUGUUAUCAAACUUGAAGGUGGUUCUGAUGAAGACCUAAAGGUACUUGAAGAAUCUGAUCGUAGUAGAUAUUCAGACGAAGAAUUAGUACAUCAGCCUCAGUCUUCUGGACCUAUUUGUUGUGAAAAUAAAAGUGAAGGAGAGGCUGAAUCCGAUGAUGAUUUCGAACAUCAGAAGCCGAACGCAGAACUGCCUAGAAAAGUAAUGCCAGAACAUCUUACUCAAGGUUCUACUGUGGAGUGUCGAACAGCUAACCGACGUGCACGAACCGAGUCAAACAAGUCUGGUAGCUCAGCUCCUUCACAAAGUAGCCAGAGUAGCGAUAGUGACAGUGGUUCUUCAAGCGAUGACGAAGCUGAUGAAAGCGCCAAAUCUAAAACUGAAGUUGAGCAGAAGAGUAAUGAACUUGGUAAUAUUCAUGACGUUGCAAGGUCUGAAGUUGACGAAGACGACGACGAUGUACCCACUCCUACAACUGCCGAGUCUCCAAGAGGAUGUAAAAAUGAAGACUCUUCUGUUUCUGUGAUCAUUGGCUCGGUAAAUGAUACACCUGUCAAACAUCCUAUUUUUGGAGAUCCUUCCAACGCUCCUCAGUCCAAGUGUGCAAAUCCACCAAGAUUGUUACAUAAAACUGCUUCUAUAUUCUUCCGAGCGUUACCUCCAACUAUAAUGGAAAGCGAACUCAAAGAGCUUUGCGCUUCUCAACCUGGAUUCAUAAGAUUAGCUCUUUGGGAACCUGUUCCUGAACGUCGAUUUAUGCGACAUGCAUGGGCCACAUAUGAUCCUUCUGUUAACAUCAAAAAGAUAUGUUGGGCGUUAAAUACCAGUAGUUUAUUACGCGAAAAGCUUGAACUUCCAAACGGAGAAUUAGGUGCUACAGUUAAUCGUGAUUUAGCCCAGAGAGUUCGUCCUCUUACUCCUAUCACACGUCAUAAACCAGUUAUGCGACAAGAUUUACUCUUGGCUGCGCAACUUGUUGCACGUUUAGAUGCUAAACAUAAUCUAUGGAGUCCUUUGGAAACUCCUGAUAGUACAAAUGAUUUGAAUACAAUCGGUAAGCUCAAAAUCAAUGGUGAUUCGGAAUUCAAGAAUAUUUAUGAUUAUACAGCUCUGGAAAUGGCUAUUAAGAGUAAAAAUCCAUUACUUAAAAAUCUGACAGACUAUCUUGUCGAUGAAGGUGGAAGUGAAGAAGAAGCACUUAUAGCGGAAACUCAAGCCGAGGGUGAAGGAUGUGACAAUAAUAGUAAUAAUGUAGUUGGACGUGUUCACACUGUAACAUUGGAAUCCGAUCCUAAUUUGGCUCGUACUUUGGAUCUGUUAAUACUCUAUUUACGUAUUGUCCACUCUAUGGAUUAUUAUGCAGGAGCUAUCUAUCCCAUGGAGGAUCUCAUGCCUCAUCGAUGUGGAAUUCUUCAUGCAAGAGGUGACAGAGGAAUAAACCCUGUUCCUGGUGCUCGUUCUAGUGGUUUGGCUUUUACUCAAAGAGAAAUUAAUGAUCACCUUCAGAAUUUCGCUUUAAAAUUGCGUACUCUUAUCGAGGUACCAAAAGAUUUAACUGAAGAGGAAAUGAAAAAGUUAGGUAUGCGAGAUCCUGAAAAAGCUGCAGAAGAAUUCGUCGAAGCUAAUAUUCAAAAGAGAACUGGCAAGAAAAAACCAUUUAAAGUUGUAUGGGUAUGCCCAUUAUCUGACAAGAAAUUCCGUGAACCAAUUUUUGUUCGUAAACAUAUUUUCAAUAAACAUAUGGACAAGGUUGAAGCAGCUAAAAAAGACAAUGCAAUAUUUUAUAAUAAUUAUUUGAAAGAUCCUAGACGUCCAUCAUUACCAGAAGCUCCUUAUCAUUUAUUAAAUCAAUAUUAUCCAUCUUUGAGUUCAAAUUCAAAUAGUAAUAAUCAUACUUAUAGAGGUAGAGGUUCUGGACGUGGUAAUACUGGUGGAAGUUAUCGUGGAUAUAGGAAUAAUUCAUUACUUUCAACAGCACCAAGUUAUGUACGGGGUACUGGAAGUUUCCAGGACUAUUAUGAUGUAGCAGCUCAACAACAACAACAUCAAGCUAUGGCGGCUGUAGCAGCAGCUGCUGCGGCCGCUUUAUAUCCAAACGCUGCGACAGCAGCUGAUUUGUAUGCAUUGGCUGCACAGGCAGGUGCACCUCGUACAGGUCUUGGAAUGUCUAGGUCGCGUGGUCAACGUGGUUCUUCACCAUCUCAUGAUUUCAAUCAUCGACCAUAUAGUAGUAGUAGUACAUUGGAUAACCGCCGAAGACAGCCUACAAAUUAUUCGACAAAUAGACGUCCAGUUGGUGUUGGUGGCGGUACUACAACCGGUGAACGAACAAUGAUAUCAUAUAAUGAUUUAGAUGAUCCUGGAAAUGAUGUGCUUUAA